UCCAUGAGUCAUCUCAGACCCUUCAGAUGGCAAGUCCUCUCCUGGAUAUUGGCUUCAUUGCUGGAAACGGCAUUGGAGAGGGUCAGCUUUCCGAAUCCGUGCUUUGAUGUUGAGCUUGUCCUUUCAAAGCUCAACACUUGAGCAAGCCGUCAGGCUCAUUCGGUCUCUUAAGCCUCAAUCCAGACGGUGCAUGCGUUCUCAAUAAUCACAUGAUGAACCAUCCAGAUUGGCUGCUAUUGAUUUUAUGACACCUAUGUCCUCGUCGAAUCUGUUGCAUUGUAACGCGUGUGGUUUCUCGAAAUGUGAACAAGGCAGAAAGGUUUGCCACUGAGCACGCACAAGAAAGUUUGUUCAUCCUGAAUCACCUCCUCGGUAUAAGCGACGAGACAAUCUUCGAAGAGAGCAUUCUGGUGCUAUUUGGAGCUUCGACGGACGCAACAUCGAUACACAUUAGAGAUGGAAAAGGCGUUAGCUCCAAGAUUGAUUGUUUCAUUUUUCAUAAUUCAAUGUCUUGUGUUGAGUUCUGUACUUGUAGAAGGUCAGGGUACUUGGCAGAUGCUUCAAAGAAAUGCCGGUGUCUCCGCCAUGCACACUGCCGUCACGCGCUUUGACACCGCUAUCAUGCUUGAUCGGACCAACAUUGGUCCCUCACAAAUCAGGUUGCCCGGUAAACGAUGCCGCAAACAGCCUUUAGAACGCUUUUCCAAGAUCGAUUGCUACGCCCACUCUGUCAUGUUCAACCCUGCCAACGGUGCAGUCCGUCCUCUGUAUGUCCAGACUGAUACAUGGUGCUCAUCUGGGCAGUUCAUGAGUAAUGGAGUGAUGGUGCAAACUGGUGGGGAUUUUGAAGGCAACAAGAAGAUCCGAACACUGGCGCCCUGCAGUGCUAGAGGAACUUGUGACUGGGUGGAGACAGCGCAAGAGCUGACUAGGGGGCGGUGGUAUGCAUCCAACCACAUACUGCCAGGAGGUAACCGACAGAUCGUAGUAGGAGGCCGGAAUGAGCCCUCAUACGAAUUUGUGCCAAAGAGGAGAGCCGGCGAGGGAGCAUUCAAUUUGCCACUGCUCCGUGGAAGUGCCGACAAUUUGUACCCGUUCGUGUUUUUGUUGCCCAACGGCGAUUUUUUUGUGUUCGCCAACCGAGACUCGGUGAUUUUGAAUAUCGGCUCCGGUAGGGUGGUGAAAAAGCUACCAAGAAUUCCUGGAAAUCCUCGAAAUUAUCCAUCGGCUGGAUCCGCAGCCAUGCUUCCCAUUAAGGCGCCACACAACUCCGUGGAGAUUUUGGUGUGCGGAGGAGCUGGAUAUGGUGCAUCCAGAAACGCGGACAAGGGAAAACCCGGGUCUUUCAGCUGUGGUAGGAUUAACCCGACUGCUGCAAACGCGAACUGGGCGAUGGAGAACAUGCCGAUUCGUCGUGUAAUGGGUGAUAUGGUGAACCUACCGACGGGAGAGAUCUUGAUCAUCAACGGAGCACAAUACGGGUAUCAGGGAUGGGGAAAGGCAAGCAGUCCGGUCCUGCAGCCAGUGACGUACGAUGGGGAUGCGAAAGCCGGGAAGAGGUUCCAGACGCAGAGAGCCUCUGGUGUCGGCCGGGUGUACCAUAGCACAGCCAACUUGCUAUCAGAUGGGCGUGUGCUGGUAGCGGGAAGCAACACUCACCAGUUUUACACAUACAGGGGCACAUUACCCACAGAGCUUCGCGUGGAGGCAUUCGCACCGGCGUACUUGAGUGCCAAUUUAAAUGACUGCCGGCCUCGCAUCAUGGAAGUCCCAGCAGCAAUUGGAUACAGACAGAAAUUUAAUGUGGCAUUCCUUGCUAGGAGUAGGGUCGGGUAUGUGGAGGUGAACAUUCUCAGUGCUCCUUUCACAACCCAUUCUUACUCUCAAGGACAGAGGGCCAUCAAGCUUGCGGCCACAGUUCCGGGGAAAUCAAGAGGAUUCUGGGUAACUAGAGUAACAGGCCCCCCAAGCUCCAGCGUUGCUCCUCAGCAGUAUUACAUGCUGUUCUGUCUGCAGAACGGAGUCCCCAGUCGCGCCAACUGGGUCCGGGUGGGUUGAUAGCUAGGAGUGAUUUGGGCUUGAGAGGUUCGUGUUAGAGUUGCAGUUGUUCUGGUACCCAGUUGUUGAAUAAGUACUUUCUUGAAAUCAUGAACAUCCUGCUUGUGGAUAGGAAUUCCAUUUGUGGGAUUGAGUUUGAAAUGAACAACCUCGUGAUUUCUGCGUGGACAUUUUUUUUAAUGUGAUAAUUGUACUUUACUUUUUCUUA